AUCCACCUAGCUAACUAGCAAUGACAAUGGCUUCCAAGAAGGGCAGCAGCGUUGUUCUGCCGUGUGUAUUCUUAGGCAUAGCGCUGCUCCUCGUGGUGGCGGAGGCACGCGGCUGCGCAUUCUGCAAGGACAUGCCGGGCAUCUCAUCCCGCGGCAGUGCUGUGCUUCGGAUGGACAAUGGGGUGACAGAAGGGCAAGAAGCAAGCGAAGGAGUUGCGCUACAGGCAGUGCCGGCUGAGGGGCCCAAGAAGACCACGCUCAUGGCUAGCUGCUAUCAGCAGUGCAUUGCUUAUAUCCACUACCUAUAUAUUUUCGAAUCUUGCAUGAGUCAGUGCUACCCAACCGCUGGAAUCGUCGGCGUCUUGGGGGAUGCCAAGAAGAUGGGGAAGACGAAGCAGCAGCAGCAGCAAGAGGAAGCAACAGGAGGAGGAUUUGGGGUCCUGGCAAUGCUAACUGAGCAUGCCGGGCGGGAAUAAGAAGGGAAGCGGAAGAGGACGC